GUCCGGUUAGCAUAGUGAGGCUGCUGGAGGAGCUGGUCUCCACCACCACACCACCACGGGAGGACUGUCAGGACUGCUGGCACAUCAGGCAACCUGCAGGCCAGGCCGAGCUCUACUGGUCCAAACUGUGGAGUUCUAUCACACCUCUCCCUCCUCCAUUAGAGCUAGAGCUGAACAACGCCGUUGCGGGCAGAGCAGUGGUGGUGGUGUCCGGGCCUGGUAAUCGCGAGGUGACAGAGCAGCAGGGGAGCGGGUCUCACUCUGAACCCAUCCCUCUAAAAAAACGCAUGGCCAUGUACCAGGCAGCAGUCUCCAAGCAGGACGCAUCAGGCUUCUCCAGCGGGGUCCUGGAGGAAGCUGAGGUAUGCUCUCUGCCUGGAGGACUGGCCAGCAUUCGGAGACAGUUUGAGAGUGAAGAGCGUUCGUCCACACACACAGCCACACAGUUCCACUACUCACACAGAUCUGUGCAGGAAGUGUCAAACUCAUCUGAGGUGUCUGUGAGGAGCAGCGUCAAAAGACGAGAAGCCCAACAGGAUGAAAGGACUUCACAUGAUCUGAGUGUUCACCAUGGAGUGGCCUCAAGUGUUGAGAAUCAUCAUGGUGAUGAAGAGGAGUACUACCCGAAACUCUCCACCAAGGAACUGGCACAGCACUUUGAGAAAACUAUUGAGGAGGCUGCCCCAAGUAAGAAAAUGAAGAUUGAACGUGACAUCAACCGUUUACUGUGGGCUUCAGAUGUAAAUGUAUCCCACCAAACCUUCAAGAGUGAGAUAUCUGGCACAACAAAGGAUUCAGUAGGCACUGCAAGUGCUGCAGGAGCUGAGGCAGAGUAUCCUGCUUCUGAUGAAGAGGACUUGGAUUAUCUUCCUCCUCCACCGCCAGAUCUACUGGAGGAGCCUUCUGAGGACACAGGUUUCCCCGAACCUUCUAUACCACCACACCCAAGGAAACACAUCAUCAACAAAGAACAAUACUUUAAACAGAGAGAACUACUGGAACUGAAGCGUUUAUGCAAGCACAUUCACCCUGAUGUCAGGAAAGACCUGGAGCGAGAUUUCUACAAUGAGGCUAAUGAGUCAGACGAGGAAGAGGAGGUGGUAGGGGAUGUGCAGGAGGCCGCGUACCAAUUUGAACAUGGCGAGAGCAGCCCUAACGGGAGCCCGGAAAGAGAAUAUCUCGAAUGGGAUGAGAUUCUGAGAGGGGAAGUGCAGUCCAUGCGUUGGAUGUUUGAAAACAAACCUCUGGACACCAUUAAAGACUCGUCAGAUGAUGAUGAGGACAGCAGAAAGAUAGUUCAACAGGAAAUAGCUGGAGGUGAUGUGCGGAACACUGCUUUGAUGUUUGAGACUCAACCCAUGGAUAUAUUAGGGACAGAGACAAGUUAUGCUGGCAAAAAUCAUUCAUAUAAUAAAGUAGGUAAAAAGGAUGUUCGCGCUGCAGCCUGGUUGUUUGAAACCAAGCAGAUGGACUCCCUAAAUAAGAUGCAUACUGAAGAUGAGCAAACCAAAGAGGUCGUCUUCACACAAGAGGCAACCAGGGGAAAUGUGAAAUCUAUGCGUUAUAUGUUUGAAAACCAGGAAAUGGAUUCCCUGGGUGACACAGAAACCAUGGAUGAAAAGCACCUUCUGAGUCUGAAAUCUGUCAUGGAGGAGAUCAAAGCUGGUGUAAAGAUAAUCGUCUGGAUAUUCGAGACUCAGUGUAUGUGUGUUUUGAGGGAGCACUCAGGGGAAGUGGUGGAAAUUACCUCAGUCCGCAGAGAAGAGACAGAGAAAGGUGACGUCAAAACAUCACGGUGGCUUUUUGAGACUCAACCUCUCGACAUGAUUAACAAAGACCUCUCUCAGGCGAGAUUAAUCUCUAGCAUUUCAAUGGAAGACAACAAGCAAGGAGAUGUGAAAAGAGGAAGAUGGCUCUUUGAGACAAAAAGACUGGAAACCAUAAAUGAAGAGUGGGAAAGGCAACAGAUACAUAAGCAACAGAAGGAGGAGAUUGUUGGGGCCGAUGUUCGCAAACACUGUAUGGUGUUCGAGACCCAGCCUAUGGACACACUAAAAGAUGAUUCAAACUACAAACCCGUUGCUGCUGAGGAGAUCAUUGGUGGCGACGUACGAUCAGUAAGACAUCUGUUUGAAACAGCACCCUCCAAUGAACUGAAAGAAAUGCCAGAGGUAGGAAAGCUGAAGAAAAGGGUAGUAUCAGAGGAAGAGAGGGGGGGUGUAAGACACCAGAGAUGGGCAUUUGAGAAUCAAUCCCAAGAGAGCUUUCAGAAAGAGAACAGUGAAGUGGGAAGGCUAAAAAAACUACUGACGUCUGAAGAAGAGAAAGGAGAUGUGAGGCACCAAAAAUGGCUAUUUGAGAAUCAGAAACUGGAAGAUAUCCGAGAGGAAAAGAAAGACAUUAUGAAAAUGGUCGAUAUUGAACAAACAGAUGAUGAGCAGUACAAAGGUGACGUGCGCAGAAAUUGCUGGGUGUUUGAGACUCAGCCCAUGGACACACUAAAGGAUGAUUCAAAUGCCAGACCUGUCAACACAGAGGAAAUUAUCGGAGGAGACGUUCAAUCUGCCAGACACUUUUUUGAAGCUGCUCCAAAAGACGAGUUGAAGGAACUCGCCGAGGUGGGGAAGCUUAAAAGAAGGGUGACAGCUGAGGAGGAGAAGGGAGAUGUUCGACACCAGAAGUGGGUGUUUGAGCGCCAGCCUCUAGAACAAAUCAGUGAAGAGGAAAAGAAAAUAACCAGAACAGUCAACGUGGAGGAUAUUGAAAAAGUGGACGUAACUAAUUAUAAACAAAUCUUUGAAACGUAUGAUCUGAGCCAAUAUGAUGAAAGUCAAAGGAUUCAGGUUGAAGGUGUGACUGCAGGAUCUGUAAAGUCAAAUAAAGAUCUUUUUGAAGCCACACCACUGUAUGCCAUGCAGGAUAGUUCAGGCCACUACCAUGAAGUGAAAACAGUAAGGCGCGAGGAGAUUGUGAAAGGCGAUGUCAAAAGCUGUAGGUGGAUGUUUGAAACUCGUCCUAUUGAUCAAUUUGAUGAAAGCAUAACCAAAUUCCAAGUCAUCAAGGGCAUCACUCAGGAAGAGGUUGAAUCAGGUGAUGUCAAAACAGCGAAAUGGCUUUUUGAAACCCAGCCUCUGGAUGCCAUCAAAUACUUUAGUAAUAUUGAAGAUGAAGAGACUGUCACUAGUGAGACGACUGAAAUAGUGAAAGGUGAUGUGAAGACCUGUAGGUGGCUAUUUGAGACCAAGCCAAUGGAUGUGCUGUAUGAAAAGGUUGAGUUCAAGAAUGAAAAUGAAAUGAAUGAGGUUCACAAAGGUGACGUGAAAACUUGCACCUGGCUCUUUGAAACCCAGGCUCUGGAUUCCAUUGGAGAGGAGUCAGAAACUGUUUUGAAAGCCUCCACUAUAAAACAAGAAGACAUUCAGGGAAAGGAUGUGCGAAUGGCUCGCUUCCUUUUUGAGACAGAAAACCUUGACAACAUCAGUGGGGAGGAGGAACGGCCAUUUAAGCGAGUGACUGAGAUAGAUAUUCAGUCUGGUGAUGUAUCUCACAUGAAAUAUAUAUUUGAGAACCAGUCUUCUGAUGUCAUGACCUCAACCUCAGAGGAAUACAUGCGGCAGUUGAAGACUGCUCAGGCUCAGGAUAUUCAGAAAGGAAAUGUAGGAAACUGCAAAUGGCUCUUUGAAAACCAGUCUAUAGAUGCAAUCUGUGAAAACCCGCAAGAACUCAAGGGGGCACGCACUGUGACAGACAUUCAGGGAGGCAACGUUGACAAGGGGAGAUUCAUUUUUGAGACCUGUUCAUUAGACCAAAUCCAAGAGGACUCCUCUAUGUCAGAAAUUAAGAAACUUCAAAAAAUCUUCCGUGAGGAAGAGGAAAAAGGAGACGUUAAAAACUAUGCCAUGAUGUUUGAAACUCAGCCACUUUAUGCCAUUCAGGACAAAGAAGGACAUUACCAUGAGGUUACGACACUAACUAAAGAAGACACACUGAGAGGGGAUGUUGUUGGAACCCGCUGGUUGUUUGAAACAAAGCCUCUUGAUUCCAUUAAAGACACUGAUGAGGUGUACCUCAUUAAAGCUGUUACUGAAGAGGAUAUUCAAAAAGGUGAUGUCAGUUCUGCUAGGUGGAGAUUUGAAACACAACCUUUUGAUAAAAUAGCAACUGAUAGCCAAACCUCUUUUAAAACAGUUGAAGACAUAAAAGGGGGUGAUGUCAAGGCAAACAAAGAACGCUUUGAAUCUGACUUGAUGUCUCAGAGGCUAGUCCGCACUGUUAGCAUGAGCGAGAUUCAUAAAGGGGAUGUUAGGACAGCUAAAUGGAUGUUUGAGACUCACACUAUCGAUCAGAUCCAUGGUGAAACUUCAGAAGAUGAGAUGGAGACGGUUGUUAUGCAAGAGCAGGUGAAAGGUGAUGUAAAGCAGUCUGUGUGGUUGUUUGAGAAAAACCCACUCGACCACAUCCAAGAGCAUAAGGAAGGUAAGGAGUUUGUCCGUGAAGAAAUACCCAAGGCAGAUGUGAAAACAACAACUUGGCUCUUUGAGACAACUCCAUUACCAGACUUCAAUGAGAGUAAUAUGGAGAAGACUGAAAUAGUUGGCAAAAGUAUAAAAGAAACCCUAGAUGAGUUAUACAGUCAGAGAAUGGUGGAAUCCAAAGGAAUUCUUAUUGAGACAGAUGAGAUUGGGGAUGUGCGCAUGGCUAAGUACAAUCUGAUGAAUAAAGAGGCUCCAGAGAUUCAGAAAGAAGAAAUCAUCAAAGGAGACUUACAGAACAUCAUGAUGAACCUCCUCAACAGACGGGAAACAAAAGAAAAAGGGAUUAUUAUAGAAACACAAGAGAGAGGCAAUAUCAGUGACACAGUGCAACAGCUGUUCAAUCAGCAGUCUGGCAUAAACGUGGAGAAAGAGGAAAUAAUUCGCGGUGACAUUCAAGAAGCCAUAAACAAUUUGCUGAAGGAGGAGAGCACACGCAAGCAUGGCAUUCUUAUUCAGGAGGAUGAGAAAGGAGAUAUUCGCAUGACUGUAUAUUCUCUUUUUAAUCAAGACGAGGGUGCCACUGUUGAGAAAGAAGAUGUAGUCAAAGGCAACAUAAAAGAUUGUCUACAAAAACUGUACUCUCAAGAGACAGGAGAGCUAGUUAAAAUUAAGGUGGACGACACUGAAAAAGGAAAUGUGAACUUUUAUUCAACGUGUAUUGAGUCAGGGGCUGUGGACUACCUUAAGCAGCUCCAAGUAGAAGCAGGUGAAGCAGAGAUGGAACAAAAACUACAAAAAGAGGAGAUAGUUUGUGGAGAUAUUAAAGGAACAAAACAAAGUCUUACAAGUAAUCAGGCUCAGAUCUGUCGCCUGGUGGACAAGGAAGAUAUUGUGCCCGGUAAUGUUGAUCAUGCGGUCAAAGUUUUCAUGACAGAGCCCCCUGUCUCCUUCGAGCAUCUCCAGAAAGAGGAGAUAGUGGGAGGUGAUUUGAGAGCCACUCUGAAUUCACUAACACAGUCCGUAAAUCAGUCGAUUAUUCUAGAAAAAGAGGAGGUUGUAAAAGGGGACAUCCCCACUGCCCUUAAAUCUCUCAAGGAAGCCCAAAAGCUGCCUAAAGAAGUGGAAAAGCCUGAAAUCGUCCCUGGGGACAUCAAAGGAGCACUAAAAUCUCUAAAAGACUCAGCUAGCACCAAAGUUGAAAUUGGUAUUGAAGAUUUAGUUCCAGGUGACAUCAAAGGUACAUUAAAAUCUCUGGAAGAAGCCAAGCAAGCAGUGAGAGAAGUGGAGAAAGAAGAAAUAGUGAAGGGCGACAUCCAUACAGCUUUGCAGAGCCUGCACGAGGCCUCUAACGAGAGAAAGGCUUGCCAGCAGGAGAUUGAAGUCCAGGGAGAUGUCAGAGGAACAAUUCAACUCUUACUGGAACCUUCUUCAUCUCCCAGAAUGCAGCGCAGGGCCAGCACAGAAGGUGAUGUGAAACUGUCAAUAAAAACAUUGUAUGAGACACAAGAACAGGUUCAGUCAGAGAAGGAGGAGGUGAUAAAAGGGGACGUUAAAGGGACGAUAAAAAGCUUGCUAGAAACAGCACAGCGGGCAAGCCCAAAGAUCCCCAGGAGAGAACCAAUCAGAAAGGUUAAGGUCCCCAAAGGUAAAACCCCAUCUGCUUCACAGCAAGAAAUCCAGACUCAGAGACCUGCCGCCACGGUGAAAAAUUUCACUCAAAACACUGAGUCACACAGGAAUGCACAGAAGCUUGUAACCACUAAAUCAAUGCAAAGUGGAGGAGGCAAAAACACAAAUACAGCUCAAACUGCAACAGACACACAGGCAUCAAAGACCACCGUGCUAGAACACAAAACAAUAAUUCAGACCCAUGGGGUAAAAACGUUAAAAACAGAAUUCCGCAACCUCAAAACGAACAAAAAAAGGCUAAUCAGAUUAGAUAAAACCAAAGACAGACAGCGGGAAGAAUGUGCACCCCCUCCAACCACACCUCCAUUACCAGUGUCUGACUUCCCCCUCCCCCCGUCUCCUCCUCCAGAUUAUGAUAGUCUUUUGUUCCCUACCCCUCCUCCUGCCGUCAUUAGGGGUGACAAUGACCUUCCUCCUCCACCCACUCCUCCACCACCACCCCUCACUGAUCCAGCAAAGUCAGAUCUCGAUUAUUUACCUCCACCACCUACUCCUCCUCCUACCUCCGAGCCUGAACAAGAGUUCCUUCCUCCUCCACCAUCCCAGCAGGAGCUAGAUCUCAUUCCAAAUACAGUACCAGCCAAACCUACCAAAUUAACAGUGAAACCAGUCAAAGCCCCAGCUCUGUGUAAAGUGCCGAAGCUGGAGCCAGCAACACAAUUUAACAAAAUGGAUAUGCAAGCGCAAACAGCUACACAAGUGACUACAAGCACUACUUCAGAGGAGAAGAUCAGCAAAGUACAGACAAAAAACACCAUUUCAUCCGUCUCCUCAGUCUCCUCCACUCUAAUCCCAGAGUCUCCACGCCCUCCUAAAAAGGUCUUUGUUCCUGUGAGUUUGACUCCACCGGCAUCUCCACCACCAAGCAGAUCCCCUCUAAGUAAAUUCAAAACUCCAUUAAUAAAAGCCGAGAAAAAAUACAGGCAGCAAAGAGGGGAGAGCUACACGCCGCCCAACUCCCCAGCCUUUGAAAUUCACAUGCAUGAGUCAGUCAGCUCAGCACUUGAAAUGCUUUCCUCAGAAGGCAAGAGCGCAGCACAAUCUGAGCAGGGCAUAUCAUUUGAUUUCACUCAAGAGACUGCUGAAAAAACUGUGACCAAAGCCAAAUCAGACACAGAAUCAUAUGAUUCAUCCAAGCAUGCCACUCUCUCAGAUGUCCCCCCAAGCAAGUCUUUGAUCUCCACCACAAAUGAGAAAUCUCCUUCUGAAUCUGCCAUUGUUUCCUCAGAUAAACAGGACAUUAUCUCUAAUCAGACAUCCCGAGCCACUUCAGUUCAGCAGCAGAACUCAUCCAGCUCUUCUAAAAAGAAGAAAAAGUACCGGUCCAUGACAACCAGUAUUCAACAGGUGACAUCCACCUCUGUCUCGCAGUCACAGACGGUUGUUAGCAGUAAAGUGCAGGCUUCUGCCAAUGUAUCGGUAAAGCAAUGUGUCAGUGAAGAGGAAGAUCAUCAAACUGUGAAGCCUGAAAAUGUUCCUGUGGAUAAAGAAUUAGAGAUGGAACCCACCGAAAAGCACAUAAAUGCACAAGAGAGUGAAAAACCUGAGAUUGAGGAAAGUAAGAGAGUAAAGCAAUGUGUCACUGAAGAGAAGGAUCAUCAAACUGGAAAGCCUGAAAAUAUCUCUGUGAAAAAUGAAUUUGAGACAGAAACCACCAAGAACCACACAAAUGCACAAGAGAUUGAAAAACCUGAGGUUGAGGAAAGAAAGAAAACUAUGUCUACAAAGGAAACCAAAGGCCAAGGGAAACUCUCCCCUGAUCGGGUCAAAUCAACAAAGGUGAACCCAGAGAGCAACAUUAAGGAAUCAGAGCCAAAGACCCAGAAGUCUGACAGAAAGAAAAACAGCAAGAACAUCAAAGAUGAAGGCACAGACAGAAAGCCAGCAGAUCAAGCUCAGUGUGUGAAGGUCGAACAGGAGACUGUCCAAGUGAAUGGAGGCAGAGAAAGGAAAGGCAGCGAAAACGACAAUAAAGUGGAAAAACAGGCCAAGCAGAAGCAGGCUGAGGAGCCCCCUGCCACACCAAAGAAGAAGAGGAGAGCCAAACCCAAGAAAGAUAAAGAAGCAGUUCAUCAAGCUCAGGGGCAAACACGAAGUAAUACCACUGCCACUGCGCCUGCCUUCCCCUUAGAGGCAAAGCAUCCAGUCUCAACCUCUAUUCAGAAAAAAGAAGAAGUCACUGUGGUACAGACACACCAAACAAUUCAGCAAGAACACACUGAGGUGCACAAAGAGGUGGUUAUCACAGAGAGCAAAGUCCAGCAAAGUUUGCAGCAGCAGAGCACCAAUGUGAAAUCUCAAAAGCAGGCCAAGGGUCCUUCUAAAAAGAAAGCGGAAGCAGGCAGCAAUGAGAUUCCUAACAAAUCAAAAGACGAAAGCAGAACUGUUCCAAUAAAAAUGUCAGAGGAGCCAGAACAAAGGCAGCCUGCCAAGACCUCAGCAGAGAGCACAGAGAUGUCACAAAGAUGUGGAGAAGCUCAGAAGUUGCUGUCUCGUAUUACAGAGUUACUGGAAGCUCAAGAAAAAAUUGACUCUAAAUCUGUGAAGUCUUUGCUCAGUGAAAUCCCAGACUGGCUUGUUGAGCCGGAGGAAAAGCGUGAUUUGGAAGGAGCAGCUGACGAGCAUGACGUGGAGAUGCUUAAAGAAAUGGUUGCGCAUAUACAAAAUCUUUUUCAAGCAAAGCUAAUGUGUUUAGAGGAAAAUGCUGCAACUAUUGAAAAGCAUGAAUGUGAAGCUACAUGUGAAAAAAUGGUUUCAGGCAGAGCUACACAAAAGAUUUCUAAAAUCACUAUUGGUACCAAAAAGGUUGAAACCCAGAAGAAAGUAGAAGAGCAGAAAAAAGCUACUCACAAAAGCCGCAAACAGCAAGAGAAGAGCAUAAAGCCCUCAGACCCCAGAGGUCCCUCACCAAUGUUAAGAAUGCGCUCACCUUCACCCACAUUCAUCACAAUUGCAUCUACAAAAAGAACUGAAUCACCACAAAGAGUUGCACCAUCUCCUCCACCAAUGCCACCCACUCCUCCACCGCGCAGGUCUGAAACACCCACAUCCCGCAUGAGCAGAGCUUCUCCAUCGCCUACUCUGAGUAGAGCUGACAGCCUGACAAGGCUCAGGGAUGUGACAGCCCGACUCUCACGUGGACCCUCACCAGAUCCCAUAUCUCAUCCUGUGUCAGUAGUUUUAGGAAAGAAGUCUGAAAUUGUGGAAACUCCUGCCACAUUUCAUAGGCAGAUCAAAAUUGAUUCUCAACCUCUUGAGGACUCAAGAUUUCUGGAGGAAUCUAAAGACACAAAGUCUUUAGGAAUAGCUGUGUCGGACGUAGCUGUGUCAGAAAAAGCUGUGGCUGAAGCAGCUGUGUCGGAAGUAGCUGUGUCGGAAGUAGCUGUGUCGGAAGUAGCUGUGUCGGAAGUAGCUGUGUCAGAAGAAGUGACAACAUCAGUUGCAGACAUGAUAGGGUUCUUUGAAGAGGCUCAAAAAUCUGAGGUAAAUACUACAUUUGUACAAAAAGAACCCACUAGUAUUCUUGAGCGUUUGGGACAAGCCACAGCGGAAGCUGUAACUGAAAUUCCAGAGACAGAAAAAGAUCACCUUUUGACCGAGGUUAACUUGUCUGGACUGGCCAGCAAUUUUGAGGCACCAGAGAAAACGGUGGGCACCAGGAAAGAGCCCAUCAAUAUCCUAGAAAGGCUUGGCAGCGAAACUGAAGACCCAGAGCCAGACCCAGAGAAGAAAGCGAGUCAACAAGAGGAUACGGCAGCUUUCAACAUCAAGGUUAUUAAAAAUGUUUUUGAAAUGGGUGAGCAAAGUUCUUCUAUCAAAGAACAAAAAAACAAACAGGAGGAGCAUGUGUCAAGAGUGAGUGAAAUUGCAUCUGAAGGUUCAAAGCACACGCCUCAGCACACAACUCAGCCAAGCUCCCAGCAGAACUCCCCUCUGCCUCUGCGUAAAGAAGUAACGCUGGAGAAGUCGGUCGAUCCGAGCGGCUUCUGUGAGACACAAACCAUCACAGAGCAUUUCUCCACUGUUGAUGAAUUUGGUGCAAAAAUAAGUGGAACAAAAAGCACCACGACCAUGUCUCAGCACUCAGAGACCGUUUUCACCCAGAAUACUCCAUUCUCUUAUGCCGAUGCGGUGAAGAAAAAGUCCCCGGAUGCCAGGGUGUCACCUGAGGCCUCUGCUGAGGAACUGCUGAAGAAUUUCCACAAGACAUGGACUGAAAGUGAAAGUGUUUUCAAAAGCCUGGGCUACAGCGUGUCAGAUUCGAGUUCCAAAGUCGGAGCUGUGCACAGUGUGUCGGAAGAGAGUGUACCCGAUGGACGGCCUGAUAGCAGACAAAAAGAAGUUCCAUAAAUCCUGUUUCUCCUGUGAACACUGCAACAAUAAAUUAAGCCUUGGCAACUAUGUCUCUCUCCAUGGACACUUGUUCUGCUCACCCCAUUACAAACAGCUCUUCAAAUCUAAAGGAACAUUUGCUGAAGGAUUUGGACAAGGAUCUCAGAAGGACUUACUGAAUACAGGGAAUCUAAUGCAUUCUGAAGGACUUGACUGGAGACACUCUCUUUCACAAAGCAGCGUCAGUUCUAUAUCAGACAUGUUCGAAAAGGAAGGAUCUAAAAUAUUUGAGAAAGAUGAACAAACUCUGCAAAAAAGUAAAAUUUCUGUGGUGUGGCCACCUCAAAGCGAUUCUCCAAAGAAGCCAUUUAUCAUGGACCAGGAUGUACAAUUAGUAAAACCAGUUUGGCCUCCCAAGAGUGAAUCUUCAAAGUCUCCGAAACACCAGCGAAGGAAAAUAUCUCAAAGGACCACGGAUUAAGACAGUACGGCCUCCCAGGUGUUUGGGACACGUGAAUAUCUGCAGGGGGUGUUGAGAUGAUAUGUGGAACUGCAGCAGAGUGCUGGAGAAAGCUGUAGGAAAAGCCUAAGAAAAAUAAUGAGGAAUUGUGCUGCAAAGCGAUAAUCUCUGAGAAGGAAGAUUCUGAGACGUAGGAAGAGAAAGACGAGUGCUGUGGACAUGGAAGGAAAAUGGAAAACGUGGAAGAGGAUUAAGGAAAAGACAGAUGGCAAAGCAGGUGCUGAGGGUUGGUGUGAUUGAGUUGAGUGAUUGUGUUGUGAAGGAAAUAAAAUGUAGUGAGAUACUGUAACAUGAGAUAACGUGGAAGACCAUGUAGGGUGGAAAAAACAAGCAAGUGAUAACAUCUUAAUCCAGAAUGCACAAUAUUA